UUGCAGUUCCCUUAUUUGGGACUGUCUGUCACACUUUUGGGUGUGCAGCAAUCAGAUACACAUUUGCUGAGCUGCAUGUCAUGCCAAAGUGUGCAUGCAGCAACCACAGUUCAUUUAAAAAGUGCACCCUGUUGCAUGUAAUAAUCACAACAUUUAGUGUUAAGGAUGCAGACUGAGUACCUCUAGAAGACUUAGGCUGAGUCAUGCCUCUGAGCAGCCAAUAAAGGUCCCCCGUAAAGACAGUAGCGUAAUUUAACUUUACAUUUUCAGCCAAUGGGCUUGUUUGAUUAUUGGACAGUAUAGGUUAUUGAUAUACACCUCUACCCCGAUAAAACACGAAUUAUGAUGUAACACAGUAAAGCAGUGCUCCGGGCGGGGCUGCACGCUCCGGCGGAUCAAAGCAAAUUCGAUUAUAACGCGGUAAGAUCUUUUGGCUCCCAAGAACAGCGUUGUAUCGGGGUAGCGCUGUACCACUAGAGGGCUUAUAAACUGCAAACAUGAAUGCAGUUGCAAAUUCCAACAAAAGAGAGGGAGGUCCAGGAGACCUAUAAAACAGUGGGAUCUGACACAUCUCUGUUCAAAUAAUGAUUUAAGGUGUUGCACUUUGUAUUGGAAUGAUGUAUAGGUCAGUGCAAACCAAAAGUGAACAGGAUUUGAACGUGCAGGUUUUUAAUAAAGGAACCACCAACCAUUAGUUCUGAUGGAAUUUUAAUCAUCAGAAAAUAUAGUUUUUUAGUUUUGAACCACAGUUAUCAAAAAUUAAAAUAGACUAGAUAAGAUUACAUCUGGAGAAAGUUAAAUGAUUGACAAACUAAAUACUUAUGGUUGCAAAUAUAUUUGUUGGCUUCUUAAACUAAGAGUACUUUUGUAUAAGAAAUCAAGAUAAGAACACCAGUAACGCAAUAACACCUUAGGAGAAAGUCCCUUCGGUGGGCUGGUGUAUUUCAGAGGAGAGGAAAACAAAAAAACCACCACUUCAACUUUACUCUCUCCCAGGUUCAGAAAGGAUUUGGCUUUUUUAUUCAAAAGCUCCUGAGUGCUCUUUUGGUUUCCUUGGUUUAUGAAUUUAGUAACCAUGACAAUUUUCUGAAUAGAUCAGUUGUGUGCUUGAUCAUCAGCUGCCUGGACUGGCUUCUAGAGUAUGGGCUGUUCUGAAGUUAUCCUGGCACUUUAUACCCCAAGGAGAUCUGCAACUGCAAAACAACCUAUCUUCCAGCUCUGUUCUCUUUCUACUAAUUUAGUAGAUGUAGCAAGCUUGUCUCCAAGACAGUAGUCUGGAGAAGGAACAAUUCAGCCCUAUACACUUGCUGGUUUCUCGGGGAGCUGGAAAGUGGAAUGAUGGAGGAGGAUGAGUGAGGAAUGCCAGAGAAAAGAAGUUGCAACAUCCAAUGUGCAGAAUGAUCAAAAGCUCAGAUGAGGGUUUUAUUGGAUGGAAUGAAGAGGAAAGUGGAUUUAUGUAGUUCUUUAUCAUACAGACAUCCUGAUGUGUUUUACCGGAGCACAGUUGAAAGCAAUAUUAAAAAGAGUCUUUAAAACUUAGUGAAGUAUGGGCUAUAAACAGCACUUACUUGGACCCUCAUACAUAUUUCUUUUACCAGUACUUUCCUUAACAGAAACUAUGCAGGAUAGUUGUUUUUACUCUUUUAGACAAGAUAUGUAAUGCCACAGCCACACCUUAAACCAAAUUCUGAUUCCUCCUCUUAAUUUUAUAAUGCUUUGAAGAGCAGAAAAUUGAUAGAUUCAGUCUCUUGGGUGGAAGGUUGGGGUGGUUUUUUUUUUUUGUUUUGUUUUUUGAGUACCAUAUUUGUGUGUUAGAGGAAAAAAUACUUCAACUGAAAAUUGUUUUCUGAACACUAAAAUGCAUCCCUAUUCUAGUAGCUUGCUUAGUGAGCCACCUUUGUCCAUGGUAAAUUUUUAGAAUAAUUCCAUUUAUCCCCAGUACUAUGUGAAGUUAGUUUAGCUCAGGCACACUACAACUCUCUUCAAAUUUUAUACAUUAAAACUUACUUCAUUUUCUAUCUAGAAAAAUAAAUAAAACAUCUCAGCAUCAGGUCACAUUUUUUCCCUUCUCUGCUACGUUCCUUUCCCUUCAUCCCUUGCCACGUUGCCAGGUAGUGCACUUCCCAGCCUCUCCAUGGCAGCAACACAGUUCAUGUAUAUCCUUUGCUUUGGGGGGAGUGUGUCUUGACAAACCCAGAACAUCCGCUUUGUCAGGAUCUGUCUGGAUGUUCUUGUCAGUUAUACAAGCAAUGUUUUGUCCUGGGUUUUUGUGAACUCUAUAGCCAGGAUCCACUAGCUGCGAAGAAGCAGAAUUGGGAAAACAUGGACAGCACCAUGACUAAGUGCAUGUAUGCCUUGCAGAAACUAUUGCCAUCACCAGAAGACCUGUCACAUGUUACUACUCCCUUCUUCCCCCUCUCUGCCCCCCCUUCCCCCGCCCAUUAGUCAAAUUCAGAGACUUACUCUGAUUUCAGGCAGUCGUAGUGUUGCUGGCAAGCCUGUAGGAACUCAGCUGCAUCACCACCACAUUCAGGCUGUGAUUGUGCCCAUGCUUCUCACAUUAGUAUUUGGAGAGACAUAGGAGGAAACAAUAGGAAGCCUGCUGAGGAAAGGACUGAGGCUAUGUCUGCACUACAGGGGCACAGCUACACCAGUGCAGUGCCAUAGCAUAGACACUUCCACCCAGUCAUGGUCACUACGUCAACAGAACCAUUCUUUUCUCUACCUAGCUGUGUCUACAGCAGGAGUUAGUUUGGCAUAGCUACAGCACUAAGGCAUGUGAGAUUUGUACACCUGAGCCAUGUAACUACGUCAAUCUAAAUUUCAAGUGUAGACCAGGCCUGAAACCAAAUGAGAGAGUGAAUAGGAACAGCAGAGAGAGAGAGAAGGAAAUGUUUGUACAGCAUGUAAAGUAUAAAGGUUAAGUAACUAAAUAUUAUAAAGGGUGAGAAUUGGGGAUGGAAGAAGGGAGCAUUAGAGGAGAUUAGAGUAGAAAAUGAGCAAAAGACAAAUGCACAGAAUAUAGCACAAAACUCAGAAGGAACGAGGACAAUCAAUCUGCAUUGCUCCAGAAUCUUAAAACAAAAGCUGGGCCUCCAGCUACAGAGCUGAAAAUUCAGUGAUGAUGUUGGGAUGGGACAAAAGAUUGAAGCAUAGAUACGGUUUCCUACCAUUCUAACAUAUUCCUUUUCUAUAUAUCAUGGGUCCAGAUUUAUUUUGAAAUGGGAGAGGAUUUGUGGUGAAGGGAGGUCUGGGUGUUACAUAGCUGCAGAGGGACCCUUUACACUGCUCUUCCCACCGUUAUAAAUGCUCCUGUGCUAGCUUCCCUGACCGCACCAAAAUAGACUGUCCUAGCUGUCAGUUUUUCAGUUUGAAAAUCUAGUCUCUCACACUCACCAACAUGCUCCGUAAGCCCCAUAAGAACAGCUAUAGGGAGUAUUUAUUUUGGCUGAGGCAUGUUAAGAGAUUUAAUGAAGAUGACGGAAACAAUAGACUGCAUCCACUGUGUACCAGUGCCCAGAGUGAGUGAGGAAUGACCCCAAAACAGGUCACAUGACAGUCUAAAUCCAAUCACUGUUUGGCUCAGACAGUCUUUGUAAAACUCAAAGGGCUUCCUCCAACCCCCAUAUACCUUAGAGGUUAUACGCUGGUGCUGCACAUCACCAUAGUAUGGGAGCACCCAUGUUGGCAGCAUGUGUGAUUUCAAGUGCUUGAUACAUAAAUUAGUCCCAUUCCCCAAAUUUCUGACAGAUCUCUCUCUCUCAUCUGGAUGUGGAUCCCAAGCUGCCUGGGUUGUGAGAGCUGAUAAGGUCACAGCAUUAGAAGGUAUGGCAGAGACAGCAGGCCAAAUUAUAACUGCAUCACUUUAUUGGAGACUAAUAGGGUUGUGCAGGUGUCUGAGGGCAUAAUUUUGUCUACAGCCUCUAUUUCUGAUAAUUAUCUGUGACAGAGUUCAACAAUGACUUUCACGAUACUGGCUGAAGUACAGUUCAGCAUAUGGAGUCUAUUCCAAGAAAUGGAGGGAGAGAAAUCAAAACACAUGUUUUUCAAAAGUGCUGGAAUGGCCGGAUUAGCAGAAAUUACAAAUGGUCUGGAAGAGUUAAAAAGGGAUAUAAAGAAACAACUGCUUUCCCUUCAAUUUCCAAGAAGUCUCUGGAAAACACAAAAACAGCACAGUAAUUUGAACAGCCAGAGAUCAUCCAAAACCCUUCAGGAACUGUUCUUCUCCCCACAGAUUUCAUGUUCCCAGCAAUCUCUGUACAAAGCUGUCAGCUCUAAGUGGGCUGGGCAUCAUAUGGAGCAUCGCCUUGCUCGAAGGCUGAAGCAGCCGGUUGGACGUCAGGCAGCACUUGAGGAUGAAAGUCUAGCUGCCUUGGGAAAUACAGAGGCUUUUACUCUGAGGUCCAAAGAAAAAACUACAGAUCAGGCCAGAAGUCACCAUGCAAAUUCCAGUGCAUUUUCAGGUAGAUCUCAACAGAAGGAUAAAACCUGUUUAUCAGAAGAGGAGUUAUUCUUCAAAAGGCACACAACAGCAAUGCAGAGAGGAGUAAAUUUAAAUAAUUGGGUCCUGCCAACCCAGAGAACAGAUGAAAUACCUCACUUGAAGAGCCUGGAGAUUAGUGAUGACAAGGGAAACAACAGAGUGAUGACAGACUCAUUGAAAAGUGCUUUGUUAGAAACUGUUGCUUUAGCUAAAAAUGAGCAUUCCAGUCAGGAUAAUGGAGCAGACAGACCUGUCUACAGUGAAUCCUCAUCACAAAGUACAGCUCAGCUGGAGCCGCAGUCUGCAAGCAGGGCUGAAAAAACAAAGUCUUCUACUCCUUUGUUACUCAGGAGCUGGGAGGUGCCUGCUAAUCUGGGAGAAGAUAAACAACGGGACCCUCCUGAUAGUGACAGAGACAGGACUAUAAUUAGGGGACACAUCAAUAUACCAUAUUCAGUCAGAAAGAAAGUCUUUAUGGUCUACAUUUGUGGAGGUUAUCAAAGUAUAGCAAUUGGAAACCAGCCCCAUUCCCACCACAGACACUCCCACACCCUGAGAUUCCUGGACUAUCAUGUCUAAUUAUUAUUAUUCACUAUAUAGUGCC